GGCGGCGCCGGCCCAUGCUGUGUGUUCGCGUCUCUCCUGGGAGACUCAGCCGAGAGAUGAACUAGGGCAAGCGGAUCAUGGCGGCGCCUUUGGGCCAGGAGUGCCUGCCCGAACACUGGACGUAUGGCGUGUGCGGGGACGGCAGGGUCUUCUUCAUCAACGAUCAUACGCGGGAGACCACCUGGCUGCACCCCCGCUCCGCCGAACCGGUCAACUCGGGACAUAUGAUCCGCUCAGACUUGCCCAAGGGAUGGGAGGAAGGCUUCACGGACGAAGGAGCGAGCUACUUUAUCGAUCAUAACCUGAGAAGCACCACCUUUUGUCAUCCCAUGACCGGGCAGAUUUCUCCAGAGAACGUGGAUUUUAUGCUGCAAGAACAGCUGCCGUGUCCUCGUGUAAUGUCCCAACCUGGCAUCGAGCAGCUCUCCAGCACCACCGUUAGCGAGGUCUCAACUGCUACCACCUCCUCCACAGUGGAUGCUCCCUCCACCUCCAAGGGUUCUCGCUCCAGUGGAAGCAGGGUGCACAGUUUCGGCAAGCGAGAUCAAGCUAUUAAGAGGAACCCAAAUGUGCCUGUUGUGGUCCGAGGAUGGCUGUACAAACAGGACAGCUCUGGGAUGCGUCUAUGGAAGAGAAAGUGGUUCGUCUUGGCCGAUUUUUGCCUCUUCUACUAUAAAGACAGCAGAGAGGAGGCAGUCCUGGGCAGCAUUCCGCUUCCCAGCUAUGUCAUUUCACCCGUGGGACCGGAGGACCAUAUCAGCCGCAAGUAUGCCUUCAAGGCCGGCCACACGGGCAUGCGCUCGUACAUUUACAAACGCAGCUCUGUGAUUGGCUCUCAGGCGGAGCACACUGGCAUGAGGACUUACUACUUCAGCGCCGACACGCAGGAAGAUAUGAACACCUGGUUGAGGGCCAUGAACCAGGCCGCCAACAUCAACGGCCCAAUCCACUCUGGUGGCAGACAAAUUGAACAGUCGAACCACGCCAACGUGAUGUAUCAUCAGACCUUCACGCAUACCAAUCAUGUCAACAACCACAAGGCUCCAGAACCCCAAAAACCCGUAUUGCAUGAGGUUCUGCUUGAGCCCAUCGAUCAAGACCUGGACGAUCGCUGCAGCUUCCACAAAGUCUCUCCUGUCUCCGUGGAGAUGGACACCCAAGCAUCCCUGCCUGCCAAUCCCACGUCCACGGCUCUCCAGCCACCGGAAAACGCGUCCUCGUCGGCGCCUGAGUCUAGGGUACCGUCUCGAGCUCCUUCGCGGUCUGCCUCCACGCUUCCCCCGGGUGCCACCUCCAGGAAUGGCCUGGUUGAGACCCCUAGCCCUAUUUUAGAGCCCAACGGGAUCGCGGCGGGGACUUACCAGAGGGUCCCGGAAGCUCAUCAGGAGAUGAGGAGGAGGAGUACUCUGGAACAGGUGGAGCAGUGGGUCAAGGUGCAAAAAGCUGAGCAGAAAGGUCCUCCGUCCCGAGACAACACCCUCCCCCGCCGAACGCCACCCUCCCAGCCCAAGUUUAGUACUCUGGACAAACACCAGACCCUGCCAAAGACCCCCUGCCACAGUCCUUCUUUGGCACGCCUCGGCGAGUACAAGUACGCGCAGGACCGCCUGAGCCAUUUCCGCCUCACCCCGGAGUUGGGCGGUUCGGGUUCCAACACCGUCUUGCAACUGUACGAGUGGCAGCAGCGCCAACAGUACCGCCUCGGUAGCCCCACGGCACCAGUGUACACGCCCGCGCCGGAAUACCCUUUUGGUGCCAGGCCGCCAUCUACUGUUCCUCCAUCCACCAAACACAACGGGCCGCCACGCUGCGUGUCUGUACCACCUUCGCCCGCGGAUAUUCCGCCUCCCGGGCCUCCACCGGGCACCAUCAAGACCUUGUCGCCCUCUCGCCGGCCACACACACCAGUUGACCGUGUAACAGUAAGACCGGUGGCUGAUGUGUCAAUGGUGGACUCUCCGUUUGCCAUUUCACCUCGCAGGACCAAGUCGCAGGUGUUCAAGGCGUCCACCAUCGAGAGGCGCUCUUUGCCUCCAUCCAACUACAUCACUCACACGGUCAGUGCACCCAGUCUCCACGGGAAAACGCCCGAUGAGCUGACCCUGCUACUCAUUCAGCUGCGCCGCCAGCAGGCCAAGAUGGCGGCAACCCGCCAGCACACACUGGCGCAGCUUGAGCGCUACGGGUUGUCAGGCGCCAGCCCUCUCCUCAACACCGGCUGCUCUCCUACUUUAACCCAGCUCAGUCUGUUGGGCAACACUCAGGUGGACGACACGUACAAACAGCUGAAGCAGGACCUGGAGUAUCUGGACUUGAAGGUAGCCGGAGGUCGAGCACUAAAAGAGUCAGGGAAGCCCGUCAAGGUUGCAGAGAGUGAUGUGGAUGUAAAACUGAGUCGAUUGUGUGAGCAAGACAAAAUUUUGAAGGACUUGGAAGUGCGGAUCAGCUCCCUAAAGCAGGAUAAGGACAAGCUGGAGAGCGUGCUGGACGUGUCCCACCAGCAGAUGGAGAUGUUUCAGGAGCAGCCAGCCCAUGUGAACAAGAUCGCAUACCAGCAGAGACUCUUGCAGGAAGACCUGGUCUCUAUCAGGGCCCAGAUUUCCCGACUAUCUACGGAAAUGACACAAUCCUGGGUGGAGUAUGGCUGGCUUGAGAAUUCGGUAGAGCAGUUGAGGGCAGCGCUCCAGGCCCACAUGAACCAAAGCGCCACCACACAGCAAGAAAAGAUGGAAAUAAAGCGUGAGCUAUGGAGGAUCGAGGACGUGAUGGCAGGACUCAGUGGCAGCAAAGCCAACUAUAAAGUCACCAUCGACUCUGUGCAGAACCCAGAGAGGAAGUUAGUGCCUUGUGUGUCAGAGCCCAGCGUGCCUUCUUCCAGCUCCGAUGUCCAGCCGCCUCCUCGUUCCACCAUCCCAAUCGUCUUCUCACAAACAUUGCCUCACAACUUUGUGCCAAAGUGGGCAGAGGAUGACGCGCCGCCCCGACCUCCACUCCCUCGCCUGUACGACUACGAGGAGACGCCGCCUGCUGUGCCUCCGUUGCCCAAAGAAGCUUCGGCGGUCAUCCGCCACACGUCGGUGCGAGGCCUCAAGCGGCAGUCUGAUGAGAGGAAGCGAGACCGAGAGGGCGGACACUAUGUUCUCAAUGGGGAUUGUAAGACUGACUUGCGUUCGUUCCUGAGUGAACCCGAGCUACCAGCCAUCACUCACCAAAAUACUGACACGGAGUACUACUAUCCUGACCAUAAAAGUCUGUCGGGCGCUUCGUGGCUGACGACGAACCAGUCAGAUGCCGUGUCGUCCUUCGUAACGUUGAGGAGAUGCCCUGGCACCACCGGGGACCGGGAGCGACCCAAGAGUGCCCUGGAUUGUUUAUCCUCCGAGUACCUAGGUGGUACGGCCCCUCCCCAGCGUAGCGGUCGGAUGAGCGCCGAGGAGCAGCUGGAGCGAAUGAAGCGCCACCAGAGGGCGUUAGUGCGCGAUCGCAAAAGGAACCUCAGCCAGGGCGAACGCUCGAGCGCCCCGCCGCCCGCCCCCGUGUUUGAUUGGCAGGAAGAGCGUCCCAGGGCCGAAGGUCAAAGCGAUGAAGGUCACAAAGAGGGAGAAGGACAGUGGGUCACGGCCAAAGCCAUUCUGAUCCGAGAAGCGGACGUGGAGCCUCUAGACUACGACUUUGACAUCAGCAGAGAGCUCUCCAAGCCACAGAAGGUUUCCAUUCCGGAGCGUUAUGUGGAGUCUGAUCCGGAGGAGCCUCUGAGCCCGGAGGAAGAGGAGGAGCGAAGUCGACGCACAGAACGUAUCAGGAAACUCCUCAGCAAGUCCAAUGCUCAGAAUUUGCAGUCGGCAUCAUUGGACUUUAGCGAGCUUGACUCGGUUCUCCAACAGCAGGAGAAGAUCAUGAAUGUGUCGCAGGCCCUCGCUUCACAGGCGUCAAGGAAGAGCAAAUUGGUGGCAGCUGCAGCUGCUGCUGGCCAGUGACCAUCACCAGUGUCCCCCUAGAGGAGACUACGUGAAAGGGUUUUGAAAUGCAACGCAAACAUUUAACAGGCAUUGACAACACAUUUAUUCUUAUUAAAAUGAAAUCACCCACUAGUCACAUAAUGUAUUUGCUACUAACAAGGGUGUCCAGUUUUUAACUUUACAAAAUAAAUGAGCAAAUAAGUCGUUUCUGAUGUCUCCUUUUUACCAAAAUGAUUGAUGUCGGGGAAAGUUCUAAAACUGACUUUUAUAUGCUGUAAAAAGUGAAAAAAGAAAAAAAAGGUCUCCUAUGAUGACUUGACAAAAGACAUUUUGUACAUGUUUUUCCGUUCAGCAAUUUCGCUUUUCUCAGCGACGCUUUUGUCCUUUUCUGUCGCGGUCUCUGCCGACUUAGUGUCACCGACUUUGUCCUCGGGGCUUUUGGACUCGCUGUGUGGAGUCUCUGACUUGGGCGUGUCCGGCUUCUGAGCUUUCUCUUGAGGCACAUCAGGAGGCUCGGACUGCAGAAUAACAAAAAGAUAUAAAAAUAUUGCCCCCUAUCCUCUCAGGGUCACUUUGAGCACCCCGCUUACCUCACUGAAGCCAAGGCCGCAGUGUCUCCGGUCCCGUCCUGACAGCUUACCGUCCAUGCCGCGCUGGUACUGCAUCUCCAGACGCUCGCUGAUUUUCUCAUCCUCCGUCCCUGCGAAGCACAAUGUUGUCACGGCAAGCGUGCGCACGCCUCUCACCGGCAUACGGAGAGAGCUGCGUGGCGGGCAAGGGAAAAAAGACGUAUUAGUGGCGUGCGCUGGAGGCGGCGAAGUGGCACGUAAGAAUCUUAUUAUCUUACAUGGUUUCAAUUUCAUUAUUUGGUUUUGAAGUUAACUUAUUGGCCACAUCUGACAGCGAUAGACUUCCAACCCAUUUGAAUUGUGAUCAUUCACAAACAGCUCUCCCAGUUUUAUAACUGCCCAUGAGUUAAUAUAUAUGGUCACUAAGUGAAACUUGGUUUUAAAUUAGAGAUAGACCGAUUAUCGGCGUCGAUAUUUGGAAAUCUGACGUAUAUCGGUAUCGGACUUUUAUUAAUCCAACCAGCUGAUAUGAUAAAAAUCAAUUUAAAAUUGGGCUAUUUCAGCUCAGAUGCAGCCGCCCCUCUUGCUCCUGUCUGCUGUCUCCUGCAAUAGUAUUCACCCCUUCCUCUGAUUGGUUAAAUGGUAAUGGUAAGGCCCUCAAAGCGUUUCAUAGGCUGUGUUUCAAACUCAGUUUAAAUGUGCCCUCGCUCACUUGCCCUAGACACUCCCCCUUGAGGGAAUCCCCGCCGCGAUCUUAAGGGCUGUUCCAUUCCAAACAGCAAAGUGAACUUGGUGAGAUCGACCACUUAGAGGGCUUUGUGAUCGAGUUAACAGCGAUGGUCACUCAAGAGCUCCCUAUACCCCACAUGCAUUGCAGUGGUGCACAGAAAAUAUGUCGAUGUGGCGGUGAUAAUGAAUCUCAAACACCGCUGUACUAGUAUACAGUGGGGAGAACAAGUAUUUGAUAC